UCAACGCGUCAGCUGGCCGAAUGUUUACAUCCAGCACUGGUGUGUUUCCGACUGGAUCCCCCAACAACAAAAGGCUGAACAGAAGGAAAGCACUAAGCCAGAGAAUAUCAGUCGGCAUUUCUCCAAGUCAAGAUGGGUGGAGCUGUGAGUGCUGGUGAGGACAACGACGACUUGAUUGACAACCUGAAGGAGGCCUACUACAUCCGCUCAGACCUGGUGGAGCGGGCUUUUCGAGCCAUUGACCGGGCUGACUAUUACCUGGACGAAUACAGGGAUAAUGCUUACAAGGAUUUGGCAUGGCGGCAUGGAAACAUCCAUCUGUCUGCUCCGUGUAUCUACUCUGAGGUGAUGGAGGCCUUGGAUCUCCAUCCCGGCCUCUCCUUCCUCAACCUUGGCAGUGGGACUGGCUACCUCAGCACCAUGGUUGGCCUCAUACUGGGACCAUUUGGAGUGAAUCAUGGAAUAGAGUUACAUGCCGAUGUAAUUGAGUAUGCCUACCAGAAGCUUGACUCCUUUAUCAAAACCAGCGACAGCUUUGACAAGUUUGAGUUCUGUGAGCCGUCCUUUGUUGUGGGGAACUGCCUGGAGAUCCCCCCAGAGAGCCGUCAGUAUGACAGGGUGUACUGUGGGGCCGGGGUGCAGAAGGAGCAUGAGGAUUACAUGAAGAACCUGCUCAAGUUAGGGGGCAUCCUUGUGAUGCCUCUGGAGGAAAAGUUGACCAAGAUCACACGUACAGGGCCAAACAGCUGGGAGACCAAAAAGAUCAUUUCUGUGUCCUUUGCUCCUCUGGUGCUGCCUAAACACAGCACAAAUGGCAAACCCAAGACUGUCCCACUACCCAAAUAUGAGGUACGGUCGUUACAGGAGCUGGCUCGUAUCUGCAUCCGCCACACCCUCAGAGUGACCACAGAUGGAGGAGACAGCCAAUCGCGCGGCCGAGGGUCCUCAUUCAGCGUGGGCAGGGGCUUGGCAGUGGCUGGGCUCCACAAGUACGGCCCUCGCUUCAAACGCCGACGCGUCCACCGGCGCCACUGCAACGCUCUGGUCCUGGCCACCCGCCAGGUGGUGGCCAGCAGUGGCAUCGGUCCCGCUCCUCUGGACAGCAACAACAACCAGGGAGUGAGAGAGGAGGAUGAGGAGGAGGCGGGAGAAAGGGAGGUGAGGCGGCAGAUGAGAGGGAGUAGGAGGCUGGGGAGGGGAGCCGGGGGGGUAGUGGAAGAGGAGGAGACGGUGGAGGAAGAGGACGAAGAGGAGGAGCAGGAGGAGGAGGAGGAGGAAAAGGAGACCGGGGAACUGCUCCGACCCCAGCCAGCCGUGAACAUCCUCAGGGAGCGGAUACUGGGCCUGCCACUGCCCGAGCCUCUGAAGAUGUACCUGCUGUACUACAGAGAGAAGUGAGCCCCGCCGUAGCCACAGCCAGGUCCUGAGUCAGAGCCCAGAGCUGACAGCAACAACGUGACCCCACCACCACCUGUUCAAGGCAGGACCCCAGCUCCACCGUGGCUCUCUUUCUCUCUGUUCUCAUCCUCUCCAUCAUCCAUUCUCUUUCCCACUCCCUCUUUUUGCCCUGCCACCCACUGUACUUUCAUUUCCUGACAUUAUGAAAAGUUGGUCCAAUUUGUCCAGUGGAGGAGGAGGAGGAGGAGGAGGAAGGUGGGAGGGUUAAGCUGCUCUGGGAAAACAACGUUUCAGACAAGCAAACAGUCACUGAUGUAAACUUUGUGUCUCCUUUGAGGUGCAAAGACAUAUAUAUUAUAUAGAUAGUGGUACAUAACACACUCAAGCUCUCAAUGCCUAACAACAGCUUAACAGCCCACAGCUGCCUGAGCACCGCGGCUUAUAAAACUUCUGUGGUGCUGACAAAGAGAACCAUCACUUUUUAGUCUACAGCGGCAUACACAUUGUGACACAGUUCAGACACUGUAGAAACAAGGAGAAAGAGAGAGCUCUUUUCUGUCUGCUGAUUACAGUCCAAAGUUUGACAUCAUACGCUAAAAGCAUAGGCCGGUUCGUGCAUAAGGCGGUGCGUGUUAUCAUCUAACGGGGGAUGGUUGGCCUAAAGCUCAACUGUGUGAUUGAAGAAAAUGUGUAUUUAAUGAGUUCUCAGUCGCUCUGUCAUAUUUAAUGAUAUCAUAGCUGCAGCCAGUGGGCAGGAUGGUGCAGCGGUUGUCAUUAUAUCCAAAUAAAUAUGAUGAUUCAGCUGAAAUGAUCUGCUUCUCCAAGGCCAAGGGUCAGUAAUCAUUUCAAGCAUUUUAGGAGACUAGUUAAUAUAGUGGAAGGUUGUUUUUUCCCCCUUUUUCUAUGCAUACGUUUAAUUGUACGAGUUGUCUCCGGACUUUGUCACAUGGAGAUGACCUAAGUCCUUCCAUGUGUAUCCAAAGGGCAGUGUUUCUCUACAUCCCAUCAAAUUCUCUUAACCAAAAGAGAAUGACCAUAAAAGAUGACAUACUUACUAAUAUUCCAAUUUACAUAAAUAAACCAGCAUGAUAAAAACAAAUAACUAAUGUUUUUGAUGAUUGACAGUGUGCAGGCUUUCUCUCGCCGUGCUAUCGGUAUUUUUUUUUGUUCUUGUAAUAUUUAGAUUUUUGAAUUUUAUGAGACUUGAAGUGGCGUGUACAUAUAAAAUUGUUGUAUGUUUUGUUUUGUGAAUCAUAAAAAAAAAAAACACGAAGAUACUUUGAUAAGUAGAGCAAGUAUCUUUUAUCACAGUGUUUUCUGUUGUAGUUUCUAGUUAGAUGGGGCAUUAUUCCUUUGUAAUUUUUGCUUUUGUACCAAACUUUCUGCUCCCUUCUGUGCCAAACCUCGGUUGCAUGGACUGAAUUCUCGAGAGGAAGAUCAACAGCAAGUCGUUCGUCUGAAGAAAAAGACUUUUUAUUUCAAAAACUGCUCCACGACUGCUGAAACGAUGCCGGUGGUUGUUUGUGUGCGUUUUUAUCAUGUAAAGCUUUAGAGUACUCCCAUAUGAAAAUCUGUAUCUGAAGAAUGUCUGUGAAGAAUAGCAAAGUGAUCUUUGCGCCCUGCAUCAGUAGACAGUUAAUUAUGGAUGUAAUCACAACAAUAGGAGGACUUUGAGAACGUCCAGCUUAUAGUGGGGAGGAUCGUGUCCAGAAAGCAGCUUCUCAUCAGGUCAGGAGACUCAAGUCUUUUCUGAGUCCUGCUGUGUGAGAUGUCAUGCUACACUAUUUGGCCCUUCUACCAUUUCUGCUGCUGCUGGAUCUGCCUUUCAGUACUGUAUGUACACCAUUCCUGUACUCAACACGAGUACCAUUCAUGUUCGGUUGUUGUGAUUCUCUGCUGAAUGUAUAUGAUCACGAUGGGGGUUUCUUUGGCACUUAACAUUAUGUUUUGGUGCGAAUGACUUGCUUGUUUUUAAGGUUGAGCUGUAUUAUUAACUGCUGUUAAUAAAGUCCGUUAUACAAAAGGAA